AAAUCAUAUUGUUACAAUUUUCAUUACGUGUAGCAUUUGACUCCCAUGUGACCGAGUAGCUAUACCCACGGAACCUUUUCUUACAAUCUUCUUUUCUCUGUCUCUCACAUAUUCUUUUGAAAAUCGAGUUUCAAUACAACAGAGAUCUACAAUUACAUUACAUUAAAUUACAAUACCCAUCACACAUUCUAUGGUUUCAGUUUGAAGAUAAAAGUAAGAAUUUUUGCUGAAAUUUGAGUUAGGGUUUGGAUAUGGAGAAAGAGAAGUGUUUGAACCCAAGUGGGAGUUUACUUCCGCCUUCGGGUAGGCAUUUGGUGAAAUCGGAGCCAUUAGGGUCAACUACGUUGCCUCCCAUUGGACCAACUGGCACUAUUGAACCCAGUCGAUUUGUUGCUGGUCUUGGAAUGAAUUCUGAUACGGGUCGUUUUAGUCAUGACGUUAGCAGAAUGCCUGAUAACCCACCUAGGAAUAUGGGCCAUCGACGGGCUCAUUCUGAGAUUUUGACUCUACCGGAUGAUAUAAGCUUCGAUAGUGAUCUUGGUGUUGUUGGUGGGUUUGAAGGACCUUCUUUUUCCGAUGAGACUGAAGAAGAUUUGUUUUCCAUGUAUCUUGAUAUGGAUAAGUUUAACACUUCAUCAGCAACGUCUGCAUUUCAAGCAGGUGAACCAUCUGGUGUCCAGGUUUCAGCUGCUGAUUUGAUGCCUGGGCCUGAGAGCUCAAAUGAUAGGCCUAGAGUUAGGCAUCAGCACAGUCAGUCAAUGGAUGGGUCUACUACAAUCAAACCAGAAAUGCUGGAAGAGUCACCCGCUGCUGAUGCUAAGAAAGCUAUGUCUGCUGCCAAGAUUGCUGAGCUUGCUCUUGUUGACCCGAAGAGGGCAAAAAGGAUAUUGGCCAAUAGGCAAUCUGCUGCAAGGUCAAAGGAAAGAAAGAUGAGAUACAUUGCGGAGCUUGAAAGGAAAGUUCAGACACUGCAAACUGAAGCAACAUCGUUGUCUGCUCAGUUAACACUUUUACAGAGGGAUACAAGCUGUUUGAAUGCUGAAAACAGUGAACUGAGGCUGCGUUUACAAACCAUGGAGCAACAGGUGCACUUGCAAGAUGCUUUAAAUGAUGCACUGAAAGAAGAAAUCCAACAUCUUAAAGCCGUUACAGGGCAGAACCUUUCUAAUGGUGGAUCUUUGAUGAACUUCCCUCCUUUUGGAUCAUCAAACCAGCAACAGCAGCAGUUUUACCCCCAAAGUCAAGCCAUGAACACGAUGUUAACUGCACAACAAUUUCAGCAACUCCAAAUUCAGUCCCAUAAGCAGCAGCAUCAGUUUCAGCAGCAACACCUUCACCAACUUCAGCAGCAGCAGCAGCAGCAGGAACAGCAUUUGGCACAAACGACUGAUCUGAAAGCAAGAAGCUCCAUGAGCCUAAAAGAACAUGGUUUGGAUGUCAACCCCCAUGGGUCCAAGGAUUGAGUAGAUAAAGUUGGUUUGGUUGGUUACUGUGCAAAAUCUUUGGUUAAAAUGUGGUGUCAUCUGCAGAUAGAUUAGUUUAUUGUUUAUAUGCAUCAUCUUUUAAAACCUCCAGUUUAGGCUCUUUAAACUAGAUGAAGUUGAAGCUUAUUAUGUGUAUGUGUCUAUUAUAUAAUUUAGAGUUUUCGUCAAGAGCUCAUAAUUAUUUAAAGAGUA